AGAUUAAGUAGAAGAGAGGAGGAGGAGGAUAGAGCCAGAUCAGCAGAGGAAGAAGAGGAAGAUAGGGGGCGUGUUCACUAUCAGACACACACACACACACACACUCCAAAUCAACUGUGGCGUCCCAUAAAACACUCCAGAAGAAGAAGAAGAAGGAAGGGAGACAGUUCAAGGGCGUGGUGUCGUACGUGUUCCUGGCGCUCUUUCACCGCUAAUACUUCCUCCCAAGCCUUCAAGUGUGCGGCGACCCUCCUGCAGAAGGUGGUGGCAGUUGACAUUGACGUGGUGUAGUGUUCCUGGCGCCCCUUCAACCCAACACUGCCCUUUCCAAGCUUUCAAGUGUACGGCGACCCUCCUGCAGAAGACGAAGAAGGUGAUAGCAGCCAACUAGCCCUUCUUAAACACUCCAGAAGAAGAAGAAGAAGGUGAUAUUGAUGUGGUUCCUGGCGCUCCCUUCAGCCCUAACACUGCCCUUUAAGCCUCCUGCAGAAGUCUAGCCAACCCUACAGGGUCAGUUCGUACCCAAAGACUCCCUACAGGCUGAGCCCCUCGUCCAGGGACACACCAAUACGUCACCAUCAACCACAAGCAAUCAAGUAUAGAGGCUAUGGCCUAACUAGCCCCUAAAACACUGAAGAAGUCGAUGGUGUAGUCUUCCUGCCGUGCCGAGGAGAGUUAACGUUUGGAAAUAUGCUUCAGUUCAACAAGAGGUCCAAGGCUGGGCUGGCCAUCAUCAACGCCACAGAUGUCGGGAAAAUCUCUGGACUCGUUGGGCGGGUCUGCACUGCCAUAGCCUCUGGCCGCUCUCAGGUCUUUACAGAGGAGGAGGAGGAGAAGCUGAGUGCAUCGCUGGGUCUGUCAAAGGAGCAGACCAAACACCUUGUCUCCACGGUCCAACACAUCAUGCACCAAGCAGCACAGGCUAUGGUGCGCCCGGCAGCCCUCGGGGAACAGCUGAGGGGCGAGGGGGUGACGGAGGAGCGUGCCGAGGUCAUCGUGCAGAACUGGAGCACCCACGCCAGGGCCAUUGUGGACAGGCUGCGGCAGAACACCCUGGCGGACAAACAGCUGGGUGAGGUUGGCUGGUCACUGAACCUGGAGACGGCUUCAUCCACCCAGGCACGGCAGGCUCGUCCAGUUGCCCACCUCCAAUUAGGGCUUGAAAGGGGCAGUGGAAUGGAAGGUGGCAAGGAGUCAAAGGAGAAGGUCGUGGUGCAGUUUGACCAGGAGCAGCUGUUUGGUCUCUACUCCCAGCUUGAACAGAUACAAGAACAGCUGGAUGCCUUACGCUAGACCAGUAUAUGACUUGACGAACCUAGCAACCACUGUGAUUUAUCAGGGUAUGUGUACGUAUAUAUAUGGGGAAACUGUACUUCUUUGUGGAUGCCUUGCGCUAGACCAGUAUAUGACUUAACAAACCUAGCAAGCACUGAUUUAUUAGGGUAUGUGUGUGUGUGUGUGUAUAUAUAUAUAGGGAAAACUGUCCUUCUCUGUGGCAUCAAGACAGCUGGAUGCCUUAUGUUAAACCAGUAUAUGACUUGACAAACAUUGCAAGCACUGAUUUAUUAGGUUAUGUGUGUAUGUAUUUAUAUGGGGAAACUGUAUUUCUUUGUGGCAUCAACAUGUUUCCCUUUUUUCACAUGAACUCUUACCUAACUUACUGCCUUCACUUCCUCUCUCUUCAUUAAUAGGUCUGUGUUAUCUGGUUCUGCUAAUUCAUUCAUGAGUUUAUAUAUACUGUAAUCAUAGGUCUCCUCUCUCCCUCUCUCUACUUUUCUUUCUUUCUCCCAGUGUUAACAGCUGCCUCUGUGUGUGUGUGUAUGUGUUCAUAAUCAAUGUUGAAAUGUAUUUGCCAGGGAGAAUAUUGAGUUUGAUUUAUUAUAAGGAAAAGCUAUUUGAUUGUAUACAUUUGAUAAUUAAAGAGAGAUGAGAUUG